AUGGAAGCAAACAAAGAUUCUGCAUUGCAUUAUAUUGAACUCGCUGAAAAAGCCAUACUUGCCAAUGAUAAUGAACGCGCUCUUCGAUAUCUGAAUAAAUCGGAAAGUCUCUUUCCCACACAAAAAGCUAAAGAUCUCAUAGAACGACUGAUGUAUGCGAAUUCUCACUCGACGUCAUCAUCAAGUAAAAAUAACCAUAAAACCCAUGAACCCGAAACACCAUCGGCGUCGUCAACAAAUCACGAUCAGUCAACCAGUAAUGGAAGUUCACCAACGACCAGACAAAGAACAUCCACCACAACGAAUAGUCAUUCAACUUCUUCCAAUGAUUAUACUUCAGAAGAAGCGGAAGCUGUACGAAAAGUCAAAACUUGCAAAGAUUUGUAUGAAAUUCUCGGUGUGAAUAAAUCAGCAUCUGAAGCUGAUUUAAAGAAAGCAUAUCGUAAAUUAGCGCUUCAAUUUCAUCCAGACAAAUGUAAAGCUCCGGGUGCAACAGAUGCAUUCAAAGGUAAAUCAUUUUUAUUUUUCAUUAAACUUUAUCUUCUAUUUCGAUGUUAUAUAACAGCGAUUGGCAAAGCAUUUUCCAUUCUGAGCGAUCCAAAGAAACGAGAACAAUACGAUCAGUAUGGUCACGCUAUGGAGCCACAGUAUAAUCAUCGUAGCAAUGGCGGUGGUGGACGUGGUUCUCAUCAAUAUUAUUAUUACGAAGAUGAUGAAGACUUUUCAGCCGAAGAAAUCUUUAAUAUUUUCUUUGGAUAUUCAGGACCACCAAAUCGUACGUAUCGACGUCGUCAACAAACCAAUCCGUUUCAUUUUACUACUCAUUCGCAACAUAAUCAAACGCAGAAUACAACCCAUACUCUUGCCCAACUACUGCCUUACCUGUUUCUUUUCCUUAUUUCAAUUAUCGGCACAUUUCUAGUGAGUGAACCUCAAUUUCAAUUGCAUCGUACCGGAAAAUAUACUAAUCAACGUCACACACGUUUAUCACAUGUGGAAUACUAUGUUAAACCUGACUUUCGCCCACCGAAAACCAAUGCUGAGUUGGAUAAAUUCGAGUCAUCUGUUGUUGAAGAAUACACAUCUGAUCUCCGACAUCAAUGCUAUCGUGAACAACAAUAUAAAGAGUCCAUGAUGUGGCGUGCUCGAAUGAUGAAUGAUAAUGAACUCUAUCGUCAAGCACAGAAGCAAGGGACGCCGUCCUGUGUGAAAUUAAAUGACUUUGUACAGCGUGGUCGUGCUUAA